AAACGAGAUAAAACGAUGUUAGUUUCUUUAAAGAAAUAGUUACGGAAAACUACGUGACAUUUGACAAAUUCAAACUCCUUAAUGUCAUUUAAUUUAAGAAACAGAAGAAGAAAACGCCAUCACAAAAUAACAAUUUACAUUUAAUUCUGUACUGCGUUUCUUAUUUUAUACGGUAUCUCACAAGGAGGAGCUACUGUACUUGUCACCCAGACUGAUGUCGGUAACUCUAUAAUAGAUUUUAUUGGAGAGACAGAAGUAAACGAAAUGAGACUUCCCCCAGAACAACACUGUGUGCAAGUUACAGAACAGGCAUCGCUUUGCAAGCGCACGGAGACACCUUGGUGGCCAUAUACUGAGCUCUGUUUUCCUCCCACAGUCCAUAAUCACAGUGGGGCUGUAUUACCUGUAACUUGCCCAGCCUCAUCGCUCCAGGCCUUCUGUAAGAUCACCAAGAUCUUGGACAUGAAGGCGUCUUUCGCCAAAUCUGCGAAUGAAUCGAAUGGGACCUUCCUAGAGCAGAGUUUUUUUAGUGGAACAUACCACAUGUACAUAGGACUGGGCUUAGCAGUAGCCUCCAGUAUUCUCACAGGGAGCAGCUUCAUACUGAAGAAGAAAGGGCUGCUGCAGUUGGCUAGGAAAGGAAUGCUACGAGCAGGGCAGGGUAGCCAUGCAUACCUCAAGGAAUGGAUAUGGUGGGCUGGGCUCAUUUCAAUGGGAGCUGGGGAAGCAGCGAACUUCGCAGCCUAUACAUUUGCUCCAGCCACACUGGUCACUCCUUUAGGAGCCCUGAGUGUUCUUAUAAGUGCACUACUGUCUUCAUACUUCUUGGGUGAGCGGCUGAACAUUCAUGGAAAACUGGGCUGUAUGCUGAGUGUUCUGGGGUCCACCAUGAUGGUUAUCCACUCUCCCCAGGAUGAAGAGGUGAAAUCUCUACAGGAAAUGGGAGAGAAAUUGCAAAGCCCAGGAUUCUUAGCGUUUGCGGCCACCUUAGUAGUGAUCUCCCUUGUUCUGAUCUUUGCCAUCGCUCCAAAGUGGGGGCAAAGCAACAUCUUGGUGUACAUCUCCAUCUGCUCCUUGAUCGGCGCCUUCUCUGUAUCAUCUGUGAAAGGGCUUGGCCUUGUUAUCAAAGACCUUAUUGACAAAAAGCCAGUUUACAAAGAGCCGCUUGCCUACAUCCUGUUGGGAAUGUUGGUGGUUUCCAUCACCAUCCAGAUCAACUACCUCAACAAAGCUCUGGACACCUUCAACACUUCCAUCGUGACUCCUGUGUACUAUGUGUUCUUCACCACAGCCGUGAUCACCUGUUCGGUGAUCCUCUUCAAGGAGUGGAAUAGCAUGAGCGUGGCUGACAUUUUCGCCAGCCUCAGUGGGUUUGGCACCAUAAUCAUUGGCAUCUUUCUCUUGCAUGCCUUCAAGGAGUUGGACUACAGCUGGGAGGAUCUCUCAGUGCUGACAAGGGUAGGAAGUUCUCCUGCUGUGAGGAGUAUACCUGAGGACCAGCAGUCCUUCCUGGGAAGUGUGGAGAGCCAGUCACAGUCUUGUCAGGGUGAAGAUCUGCAUUUCAGCAAACAUAGCUGAUAAAUGACAAUCGAGAGAACAAAAUGCGAGGGCAGGUUGAGGGCAGAUAAUAUACAAUACAGGAUGAACCAAUAAAGGCUUUGUUUGUUUUU